AUGGCUCGUCAGCUCCUCCGCGGUCUCCCGCUUCUGUCAGCACUCGCUGCUCCCGCAUUGGCCCAGUCCACCAGUGUCGUCGAGGUUCUUCUCCCCGGCUUCGACACCCAGACGGUCCUCGCCUCCGUCGUCGACGUCGACUCGCCGUCCAAGACCACCUACUUCCUGACGUGCCCCACCGAUGAGGACGAGACAGAGUGCGGCCUCGGCUCCGGAAUCACGGUGGUAGAAGGACCGUCGACGUUUGCGUACCACCAGACCGAGACUGGGGUCCUAACUGCCGACGUCUCCUGCCAGAUCGCCUCUAGCACAGCCGUCUGCACGUCAAGUCUGGACGAGUCUGGCUACGACGAGUCGGCCAGCUCCUCCUUCGCCGUCGCCACGGGGGGCGUGGCGACCAUCACGGACCUGAGCACACUCACCGGCACCAUCACCAUCACCGCCGGCCUGGAGAAGCUCUCCGGGGCCACCGCCUCUCAGACGGCUGCGACCGGCCAGUCCACCUCCGCCUCCGGGUCAUCCACCGGCUCUGCCGGCGCCACAGCGGCAGGAUCCAGCUCCAGCACUGCUGGCAUGCCCCAAAUUACUGGCAAUGCCGUCUUCGCUGGUGUUGCUGCCAUUGUUGGUGGUGCCAUGAUGAUAUAG